CUCACUGAUGUUUUUCAAGUUCAAAACAUGGUGACAUGUGAACUGGUGUGAACUGGCCCGGUCAAAAUAAAAUAUUUUUUAAAGAAAUAAUGGGCGAUUCGGGAAAAGGCGGUGGUACACACCGUGGCAAAGACUUCGUUUAUCCUGUUAAACCGAUUGAAGAUAAAUGGAAGCUAGUCCCUGCAUUUUUAAACGUUAAAGGACUUGUACGACAACACAUUGAUUCGUUCAAUUAUUUCAUUGGCGUUGAAAUUAAAAAGAUUGUGAAGGCGAACGAGAAAGUAUUGAGUGAUGCAGACCCCAUGUUUUAUUUAAAAUAUAUGAACAUUUAUGUUGGAAUGCCUGACAUUGAAGAGGGCUUCAAUAUAACAAGGUCAACAACACCGCACGAGUGUCGCCUCAGGGAUCUGACGUAUUCCGCCCCGAUCACUGUAGAUAUUGAAUACACAAGAGGUAGCACAAGAGUCUCGAGGAGCAAUCUUAUCAUCGGAAGAAUGCCGAUUAUGCUGCGAAGUUCAAACUGUGUCUUAUCGAAUAAAUCGGAAUACGAGCUUUCAAAAAUGAACGAGUGCCCGCAUGAUCCAGGCGGUUAUUUCAUCGUCAGAGGAACCGAAAAGGUCAUUUUGAUCCAAGAACAAUUAUCAAGGAAUAGAAUGAUAAUUGAAGAGGAUAGAAAUGGCAGUGUAUGCUGCCAGGUCACUAGUAGCACUCAUGACAAAAAAUCAAGGACUUUAGUUAUUGUGAAAAGAGGAAAAUAUUAUUUAAAACACAAUUCUCUUCAAGACGAAAUCCCAAUUACGAUUAUUUUCAAAGGCAUGGGAUUCUGCUCUGAUCAGCACAUAAUGCAAAUGAUAGGAAUAGAACAGGAUAUUCUACUUAAAUUUGCACCCUCGCUUGAAGAAUGUUACACCGCUGGAGUUUUUACGCAAGAACAAGCGCUAAGUUACAUUGGGAAAAGAACAAAGCAGAAACGUUUUCUAAGUCCUUCUGGCAAACCUAAAAACCCUGUUGAUGAAGCGAGAGAUCUCCUAACUCAAUUUAUCCUUGCUCAUGUACCUGUUCAAAAUUUCAGUUUUAAACAGAAGGCUGUAUACAUGGCACUCAUGGUCCGAAGGGUCAUUCUAGCAGAAUCGAACCGAAAUUUAAUUGAUGACAAAGAUUACUACGGUAACAAAAGGUUGGAACUUGCAGGCUCACUUUUGUCACUAAUGUUCGAAGAUGCUUUCAAACGAUUCAACGCUGAGUUAAAAACCAUCGCUGAUAAGAAUAUACCAAAAAUAAAAGCAGCCCAAUUUGAUAUCGUAAAGCACAUGAGACAAGAUUUGAUAACUAAUGCAUUAGUUUUUGCUAUUUUAACAGGCAAUUGGACUAUUAAACGGUUCAAAAUGGAAAGAUACGGAGUGACACAAGUUCUUUCUCGUCUUUCGUACAUUUCAGCACUUGGCAUGAUGACAAGAGUAAAUUCGCAGUUUGAAAAAUCUAGAAAGGUAUCCGGCCCGAGAUCUUUGCAGCCUUCACAAUGGGGCAUGCUCUGCCCCUCAGAUACUCCUGAAGGAGAAGCUUGUGGUUUAGUGAAAAAUUUAGCUUUGAUGACUCAUAUAACAACUGAGGUAGAAGAAGAACCGAUUAUCCAAAUUGCUCACAAUAUAGGUGUCGAAGGCAUUGGCCUGUUGAAUGGAGAAGAAAUUCAUUUGCCUCAUACUUAUGCAGUUAUAAUUAACGGAAAUAUUUUAGGUAUAACAGGAAACUACAGGCGCUUUAUUAAGAUAUUUCGGCUUUUAAGAAGGUGUGGUCGAAUCAAUGGUUUCGUUUCAAUCUAUCCGAAUCACAACCAUAAAACGGUUUACAUAAGUACAGAUGGGGGCAGAUUGUGUCGGCCUUAUAUCAUUGUAGAAAAUAUGCAGCCACUGGUCAAACAGGAACAUAUUGAUCAGUUGAAAGCUGGAAUAAGAAAUUUUCAAGAUUUUCUUAAUGAUGGACUGAUCGAAUAUUUGGAUGUGAAUGAAGAAAAUGACAGCAUGGUGGCCCUGAGCGAGAAUGAAAUCAAUAAAAACACAACCCAUUUGGAAAUAGCCGAUUUCACGUUGCUUGGUGUUUGUGCAGCCCUUGUCCCAUACCCUCAUCACAACCAGAGCCCGAGGAACACGUAUCAGUGCGCCAUGGGAAAACAAGCCAUCGGCACGAUUGGCUACAACCAGCAGAACAGGAUUGACACUCUCAUGUAUAACUUAGUCUAUCCACAAGCGCCCAUGGUGAAGAGUCACGCUCUCGAAUUGAUAAAUUUUGACAAACUGCCGGCCGGACAAAAUGCGAUCGUAGCUGUGAUGAGUUACUCAGGUUAUGACAUUGAAGACGCUUUAAUUUUAAACAAAGCCUCUAUCGAUCGAGGCUACGGGCGUUGUUUAGUGUAUCGUAACUCGAAAUGCACAUUGAAACAAUAUGCAAAUCAAACUUACGAUAGAAUAAUGCCUCCUUUAUUGGAUGCGGAAACGUUGUUACCACCUUACAGGCAUCAAGCCCUUGAUGGCGAUGGCAUUGCAGCCCCUGGGGAAAUCAUCAAAGAUAGACAAAUCUUAGUCAAUAAAACUAUGCCAGUUAUGAGUGGUUCAGGAACAACCAUAGGCACCCCGGGUCAACCUGCGGCAAAUAUUGAACAUAAAGAUGUUCCAGUGGCGUAUAAAGGCACCGUAGACAGUUGCGUAGAAAAAGUUAUGGUUUCUUCAAACAGUGAAGAAUCUUUUUUAAUCAAGCUUCUUUUGAGGCAAACAAGACGCCCAGAAAUCGGUGAUAAAUUCAGUAGCCGGCACGGUCAGAAAGGAGUCACAGGAUUGAUAGUGGAGCAGGAGGACAUGCCGUUUAAUGAUUAUGGGAUUUGCCCAGACAUGAUCAUGAAUCCUCAUGGUUUCCCAUCGAGAAUGACAGUCGGAAAACUGAUUGAGCUUUUAGCAGGCAAAUCUGGCGUGUUAGAGGGAAAAUUCAACUAUGGGACGGCUUUUGGUGGUGCAAAGGUUGAAGAUAUAACUGAAGAGUUGAAAAAACAUGGAUUUAAUUAUCAAGGAAAAGAUACUUUUUAUUCUGGUAUAACAGGGGAGCCGCUAGAAGCCUAUAUUUACUCAGGACCUGUUUACUAUCAAAAACUAAAACACAUGGUGCAAGAUAAAAUGCACGCAAGAAGCAGAGGACCCAGAGCUGUUUUGACGAGGCAGCCCACAGAAGGUAAAAGUCGAGAAGGUGGCCUCAGGGUUGGAGAAAUGGAAAGGGAUUGCCUGAUCAGUUAUGGCGCAAGUAUGAUGCUGAUCGAGAGAUUGAUGAUAUCGAGCGAUGCUUUUGAUGUCGAUGUUUGCAAUUUAUGUGGGAGGCUCGCUUAUUCUGGAUGGUGUCAUGGAUGUAGUAGCAGUGCUUCCGUUUCGACCAUCCGUAUCCCGUAUGCAUGCAAAUUGCUGUUCCAAGAACUUCAGUCGAUGAAUGUUGUACCCAGACUGACCCUUAAAAAUUAUUGUGACUGAAUUGUUUUAAAUACUUUGUGUGUGUGUGUUUAAUUAUGAGAUCGUGUAAAUAUCCUUGUUUUGCUAAUGAUCCUGAAAUAAAUGUUGGUUUUAUUUGUUUUGAUUA